UUCGGUUCAAGGUCCACAAUAAAGGAUACUAAAGGAUUCCACAGUGUUUGUCAGAGGUCCACUUGUUUCAGCCUUCUUGAAAUUCAAAUGGCAUUUGAAACUGGAGCAGUGCGGUGUAAUUCACUCCUCGAGACACAAUCAUUGAUGUGCGUCGCAGAAGAAUUACAAUACGGACAGGUAUAAAAAUGCCCUCAGAUGGUGUACGAUUUCCUUGCCCGGCGCCUUCGAUCUUCAUACCUCUUUCUUUUUUUCGUUUUUCCUUCGAGUGCAAUGGUCACUUCACGCCUCUCUCUUUCUUUGAUCCUCGCAACGCUAUUUCUUCACGAUGCCUUUGCAAUCCCGAUAGCCGCUUUAGACAAGCGGGCUGGUACGAACUGCGGAGACGGUGGACCUGGGCCGUGUAUCUGCAAAAACGCUCUCAGUUUACGCAAGAAGACCCUGAAGUGCCCUAACAAGUCCUUCAAGUUUGCCAACACACAGCCAACGGACGGUACUAUGAAGCUAUUUAACGACAACACGGGUAGCUUGCAGUGUGAUCAUUUGGUCGAACUUCAGUAUAUUGGAGAUGAAGUCGACAAGGUCGCCGACAUUUGCACCCACUUCACAUCUGCAGCAGGCAAAGCAGAUUAUCAAGAUUUCUUCAAUACGAUCAACGACACACCCAGAUUGGUCUUUGUGGACGGCACAGUCAACAACGCAAAGGGUUUCUUGUUUAGCGGGAAAGGGUUCGGAGCCAAAUCGAACCAGAAGACUGCUAACGGUGUCGCGAGUUAUCUUAAAUUGAUAAAGAGUGAUGCACAAUCCUCAGCCACAGUUAUCAAGACUAAGAUGGACACUAUCAUGAGUGGCAAGGGAAAUAGUCUUGGUGCAAGUUUCGUCUCCGGCUAUACGGCGGAAAUUGACCGCCUCGCAACCAAAGCCACGACUGACGCAAAGAAGCUACCCGCUGCACCAGCUCCCGGUGACCCUUUCGUCGACGAGACUGCCUCGACAAUCGCCAAAUGCAAGCGUUCCUUCUGGGUAGAAGCUCGCGACUACAUCAUCGCAAGAGCAACUGGAAAGAAGCCAGCGCCACCCAAAGCGUGCCCAGUGAAACCAGCGACACCCGCGAAACCAGCUACUCCUGCUAAGCCAGCCACAUCUGCGAAACCAGCUACGCCCGCAAAGCCAGUCACCAAUAACGGUGCAGCCAAGCCACCCGCAAAGGCUCCUGCUCCCCCCAAAGCACCUGCAAAGGCCCCAGCCACGCCUAAGGCACCCGCGAAACCAGCUACUCCUAAAGCACCCGCGAAGCCUGCUGCACCGAAGAAGACUACCGUAACCGCGAAAAAACCGGCUGCACCUAAAGCCCCAGCUGUCCCUAAGAAGCCUGCUGCGCCCAAAGCACCAGUCGCACCGAAAAAGCCAGUCGCACCGAAGAAGCCAGUCGCACCGAAAGCACCAGCUAAGAAGCCAGCUGCACCCAAGGCCCCAAAGAAACCCGCUGCACCGAAGAAGAAGACAACAAAAAAGGGAAAGAGGUCCUACAUUGAAGAUGAAGACUAUUAAUUUAUACAUAAGUAUUAGCAACUACUUUGUAUGUACUCUAUAACCUCCCGGUAGGUUAUAUUUGUCGGUAACGAAUGACAGAGCACGAUUUUGGCGCCUAUAAUAUGAUGUGUGAACUUCUCUGUUUCCUGAGGUUACAACUAGAAGUCUGCCUAAAGGGACCAUAAGGUCGAGCGCAAUUGCCUUCUACCGUCAGCGGGAUUCUGGUCGUACGCUCAACAGCGAGUUCCGGGUCGUUAUUGCUGCGGAUGGAAACGACCAGCCUAAACCAGACUCAUUGGCGCUUGAAAGAAAUAAUUCCCGCAUGCUGACGAUCGCGCAGGUCGUUAACGAAGGCCAGCCAUUCGCUCGAACCAUUGGACCACUGCCCCCACUUUACGCACAGCAGCGUCACUGGCACCAAGCCUAAGGUCAGGACGCAGUCGCCUGUCCUCCGGGGUAUAAGGCAUUGU